AUGAGCACAAAAGCAAUUCAGAAGCUGCUUCGCGGGGUGCUGACCUAUCGAAGCAAGGAGAAGGCGGCACUGCUGCAGAAGCUGAAAGAAAUUCAGAAAAAUCCAAACCCGUUGGCAGUGGUUGUAUCUUGCAUGGACGGACGUGUGUUGAACAGGAAACUGAUGCAGUCAGACGUCGGCGACCUAUACCUGGUGAAAAACCCAUCAAACAUGGUGCCUGCCAUGCGCGGAAACGACGUGAACCAGGCAGCCGUUGCGGCUGUAGCUGCAUUGCAGAUGACCACCGUACUCGGUGGUAUUCGCGACAUCAUCGUGUUUGGCCACGGCAACUGUUCGGCGAUAAGUGCCAUGUACCAGCUGUUUAAAGAAAACAAGCCAUUAGACCACAGUUCGCCCGUUGAUCUCUGGCUUCGGGGUAACGCGGCGUCGAGCUGGGAACGUUUCCAGAAGUUCAUGAACAAUCGCCAACCAUUGCACUACAUGCAGACCAGCGAUCAGCUCAGCAUCGAAGUGCAUAUCGACGUUGAACGGAUGCUGGACGAGAAAGACACACUGUCACAGAUCCACUGUCUACAGCAACUGGAAAAUAUAGCUUCGUAUCCGAUCAUCAGAGACCCGUUAGAAAGUGGAAAGGUCAAGAUACAUGCAAUGUGGUUCAACAUCUACACCGGUGAAGUUAGCCUGUUCAGCCGAAAGAAUAAGAAGUUUGUCGUCGUUACUGAGGAUACGAUCAACAGUGUCGACUAG